AAAAAAGCUUUAAAAAUGCGGCUUUGUUUUCAUCCGGGUCUUCUGGCUGUUUCGUGAUUGGCGGAGAGUCGGCGCGCGGAAGCGGGAAACUCAUGUCUCGAGGCGACGCGACCGAGGGCGGAUUUAAGCAUGUCUUCGCGAUCCUGCGCUCGUUAUACCCGCGCGUUCAGACCCUGGAGGAGUUCGCGGACGGGCUCGUGUUCCCCGACGGACGGAAAGCGGUUCUUCUCGAGGAAGAGGACGGCGCGCGCGUUCACAAGCUCGCCCGAGCGCUCAUCGUCUGCGCGUGCACGCCUCCGCAGCAGCUGCGCGUGCCCGCUCAGCUGGGCACGCUGCCGGAGGUCUUGGCGUUCACUCUGAACCACAUCAAGAGGAAGAAGCUGAGGAACGUGCUGGGAUUCGGUUACCAGUGCCCCGAGGCGGCGGCCUCUUCGGACCCCUUCCGUUUCCACGGCGACGUCUCGCAGGCGGCCGCCUCCAUCAGCACCAGCGAGCUGUGGAAGCGGAUCAACCAGCGCCUGGGAACGGAGGUGGCGCGCUACCUGCUGCAGGACUGCGCCGUCUUCGCCCGCGUCCCGCCGUCCUGCCUGCUGCAGGUGUGCGGCGAGCCCGUCUACGACCUCCUGCGGCCGCGCGAGCCGUCCGGCUUCCUCCUGCACUCGAAAGCUCGAGUCGCGAGAGACCGUGAGAAAACGCUUUCGAAAAAGAGAGCGAGAGAGGAGGAAACGGAGAGCAAAGGGGAAGAUCGUCCGGGGGCGAAGAAGCGGCGGCUUGCGUUGGACGAAACCGAUUCGCGAAACCCCGAAAGCCUCGGGUCGCGGAGCUGGAAACCGGCCGAUGGGGCUCCUCCGCGCCCGUCGCACUGUUCCGUCCGCGUUUCCAGCAUGCUUUACGGUGGGCGGGGCCUGAAGGGCUUCCUGCUUAACAGGAAGCUGAAAUCGGGCGUGGGCGGGGCUAGGCGGCUGCAGGGGGCGGAUCUCGUGCGCGUCGUUUUCCUUCGGUCGGAGGCCGUCGUGUUCGACGGGCGGACCGGGUUGAGGAAGCUUCCCAAGCGUUUCUUCGCAAUGGUCCCCUUGUUCGCUCGACUCUUGCGGCAGCACAGGAAGUGCCCGUACGCUCUCUUCAUGCGCAGGAAGUGCUCCGUGACUCCAGAGACGGAGGAGAUGGAGUCGCUGCUGAAGUCACAUUUAUCGCCGUACAGGGUGUAUCUGUUCGUGAGGGAGUGUCUGCGAUACGUCGUUCCCGAGGAACUCUGGGGGUCCGCAGAAAACCAGCUCCACUUCCUGUCCAACGUGAAGAACUUCCUGCGUCUUGGGAAGUUUGAGCGUCUCUCGUUGGUUCAGCUGGUGUGGAAGAUGAAGGUCAAGGACUGCCAUUGGCUGGGGCUCAAGAAACGUCACUGUGCGAGCGAGCACCGCUACAGAGAGUGGAUCUUCGCUCAGUUCCUGGGCUGGAUGUUGAACCGUUUUGUGGCGGGUUUGGUCAAAGCUCUGUUCUACGUCACCGAGAGCAUGGGACAGAAACACACGCUGCGCUUCUACAGAGGGGAAGUGUGGCUCAAACUACAGGAAGUGGCCUUCAGAGCUCAUCUGUCUAAGGGCCAGUGGAGGGCUCUGUCUCCGUCUCAGGCGCUGCAGUUCCCCAAGACCAGCGUGACGUCCCGAAUCCGCUUCAUCCCCAAGAUCAGCAGCAUGAGAGCCAUCACCCGCCUCUCCGGACCCCGAGAACCCCUGCAGGUCUUCCAGAGUGGCGUGCGGCUCCUGCAGAAUGUCCUGAGCGCGUGUGUGCGGGAGGCCCCGGGGCCCAUGGGCUCCACGGUCUGGGGCUGGCAGGACAUUCAUCGUGUUCUCAAGGAGUUUGUGCCGCAGCAGAAGAGCUCUCCGAGACCGCUGUACUUUGCCAAGGUGGAUGUGAGCGGGGCGUACGACAGUCUCCCUCAUCAGAAGCUGGUGGAGGUUUUGGGUGAAGUGCUGCGUCCGUUCUCUGAGAGGAGCUUCUUCGUGCGUCAGUACACUCGUGUGUGGACCGACCCUCACCUGGGCCUGAGGAAACACUUCAGCACUCGUGCUGAGAUGAGUGUGCCGCUCAACAUGAAGGGCUUUGUUGUUCAGGAGCAGGCCGGCGGGACGCUGCAUGAUGCUAUCCUCGUGGAGCGGCACUCGUCUGAGGUCCGAGGUGGAGAUGUGUUUCAGUUCUUCCAGAAGAUGCUGAGCAGCUACAUCAUCCAUCAUGACAAUAAGAUGUUCCAGCAGGUGUGUGGAAUCCCUCAGGGAUCUUCUGUGUCGGCGCUGCUGUGUAACCUGUGUUACGGACACAUGGAGAACUCUCUGCUGAAGGGCAUCGAUAAAGGAGGGUGUCUCAUGCGGCUCGCCGAUGAUUUUCUGCUCAUUACUCCUCAUCUGAGCAAAGCCACAGAGUUCCUGACGAUGCUGCUGGCCGGUGUUCCUGACUACGGCUGUAAGAUCAAUCCUCAGAAGGUGGCGGUGAACUUCCCGGUGUGUACGGAGUGGCUGGACUCGGGUGUGAGUGUGCUGCCCGCCUGCUGUCUGUUCCCCUGGUGCGGCCUGCUGCUGGACACACACUCGCUGGACGUCUACAAGGACUACUCACGGUAUGACGGCCUAUCACUGCGCUACAGCAUGACGCUAGGCUCCGCCCACUCGCCGGCCGUGGUCAUAAAGAAGCUGCUGUCGGUCCUCAGUCUCAAGUGUACCGACAUCUUUCUGGACCUCAGGAUGAAUUCAGUGGAAGCUGUUUACAGGAGCUUAUAUAAACUGAUCCUGCUGCAGGCGCUCAGGUUUCACGCGUGUGUGAGGAGUUUACCUCUGGGUCAGAACGUGGAGUCGAACCCGCGCUUCUUCCUGAAGACCAUCUGGACGAUGGCUCGAGUCACCAACAGAAUCAUCAGAGACAUCAAUAAAGGUCUGGUUCUGGGUUCUCCGGACGGCGGAGGUCUUCUGCAGUACGAAGCCGUUCAGAUGCUGUUCUGUUUGGCCUUUGAGGUGGUUUUCACGCGACACCGAUCUCUUUACCGCAGUCUGCUUUCUCCGCUGCACAAACGGAAGCGGCGUCUGGAGCGAGAGCUGCGCGGCAUCAGUCUGUCACGUGUGCGUCAGGUCUCCACUCCCACAAUCCCUCAGGACUUUAAACGCAUCCGGACGUAGAGCGCUAACCGCUCCGCAGCAGCUGACUAAACAGAUCCCAGCGCCUCGUAAACGCUUGAUGAUUGUCGUUAACCGUGUGGAGAUAAGAGAGCCGGUAAACAACAGCGUUCAGGAGAUCAGCCGUUCAUAUUUCUGUCAUAUUUGUCAUCUAAAUAAACAUAUUUGUGUAAAUCAGCUAAAAUCUGUUCAUCUAUCUAUCUAUCUAUUCAUCGAUCUACAAUUCUAAAAUACAAUUAUAAAAUUCAGCUAUCGCAAUUGCAGCAAAAUAUUAAAUAUUAUUACAAUUUAAUAUUAUAUUUAUAUAUGUGUGAUAUUUGAUCAUGUUGAAUGUGAUCAUAUAUAAUAAAUAUAAAUUCAAAUAUUUUAGAUUUAUAUAUGAUGCAGUGUAUAUACAUUUUAAUAUUUUGGUUAUUGAUUGCAUCAACUUGAUGCAACUGAUUGAUAUAAAU